GAAAGAGGAAGUGUUUUGGAGUAUCAUCCGGGUGAAUUGGUGGUCUCAGAUAAUUCAAUAUGGCAACGCACAUGUCGAGGUGCAGAACUUGGGGCCGUGUUCAGAGGUUUGGAAUUGCAGCAUAUAGAAAGUGCAGCAGUGGAUAUCCCAAUAUCUCACUCUCUGCACCGUUACCAGGGAUCCCAAAACCAGUGUUUGCAGCAGUGGACAGCCAUGAACAAUGCGAGACCAAAAUCACUACUUUGGAAAAUGGCCUUAAAGUAGCAUCUCAAAACAAGUUUGGUCAGUUCUGCACAGUUGGAAUUUUAGUAAAUUCAGGCUCUAGACAUGAGACAAAAUACCCCAGUGGAAUUGCACACUUUUUGGAGAAACUUGCCUUUUCUUCCACAGCCCAGUUUGGCAGUAAAGAUGAAAUUCUUCUCACACUCGAAAAACAUGGAGGGAUCUGUGACUGCCAAACAUCCAGAGACACAACCAUGUAUGCAGUCUCUGCCGAGGUGAAGGGACUGGACACGGUAGUCAGCCUGCUCUCUGACGCUGUAUUGCAGCCACGCCUACUAGAUGAGGAGAUUGAGAUGACUAGGAUGGCUGUGCGCUUUGAGCUGGAGGAUCUGAGCAUGAGGCCUGACCCUGAACCUUUACUGACAGAGAUGAUCCAUGCAGCAGCAUAUCGGGGGAACACCAUUGGGUUGCCUCGCUUCUGCCCAGUAGAGAGCGUGGAGAAGAUCGACAAGAAGCUGCUACACAUGUACCUGCAGAGCUACUACUGCCCAGAGCGUAUGGUGCUAGCUGGAGUGGGCAUCGAACAUGAACAACUGGUGGCCUGUGCCAGGAAAUAUCUGCUAAAUGUAAAGCCAGUAUGGGGUGCCAGUACGCCUACCAAUGUCGACCUGUCUGUGGCACAGUAUACUGGUGGAAUCGUAAGGAUGGAUAAGGACAUGUCAGAUGUGAGCCUUGGCCCCACCCCCAUCCCUGAGCUCACACACAUCAUGAUUGGCCUGGAGAGCUGCUCCUUCCUGGAGGAUGACUUUAUCCCCUUUGCCGUCCUCAAUAUGAUGAUGGGUGGAGGUGGGUCCUUCUCAGCGGGGGGUCCUGGGAAAGGCAUGUUCACUAGACUUUACCUGAAUGUGCUCAACAGGCAUCAUUGGAUGUACAAUGCCACCUCAUACCAUCACAGUUAUGAGGACACUGGCCUGCUGUGUAUCCAUGCCAGCGCAGACCCUAGACAGGUUCGGGAAAUGGUGGAGAUUUUAACCAGAGAGUUCAUUCAGAUGGCUGGGACUGCAGGAGAGGUAAGGCUGGCGAUUAGCCUGCGAGGGGAAAUGGUGGAGAUUUUAACCAGAGAGUUCAUUCAGAUGGCUGGGACUGCAGGAGAGAUGGAGUUGGAGAGAGCGAAAACGCAGCUCAAGUCCAUGCUGAUGAUGAACCUGGAGUCGCGGCCGGUUAUCUUUGAGGAUGUCGGCCGACAGGUUCUAGCCACAGGGAAGAGGAAGCUGCCACACGAGCUGUGUGACCUCAUCAGUAACGUUACAGCGAGUGACAUCAAGCGGGUCACAACAAAGAUGCUGUGCAGCAAGCCAGCAGUAGCAGCCCUAGGAGACCUGACAGAGAUGCCCUCCUAUGAGCACAUCCAAGCUGCCCUGUCCAGCAAGGACGGACACCUGCCUCGCAUGUACCGCCUCUUCCGAUAGACCCCCCCCCCCGUGUUUGUUUACCCAGGCAUCACUGUAUAAACUGGACACUGGCCUACACUAGUGGUCUGGCAAUGGAGGAGCUAAGCUCUGGGAGAGGACUAAUGUUUGGACCUCAACCGCAAAAGAAAAGUGCUGAGAGAGUGGUGAUUUGAACUACAUUUUAUUCAGUCAGGAACAGUUACAUUUUAUUGCCAGAGGAAAUUUCAUUUCCUGUUCAGUAUCUUACCAGACCCACGUUGGCUGGGACGGUUGGCAUGCUUUUGGGUUUAAUUCCAAGUAUGUUUGAAUGAGUGUGGGUGAAUAUGGCUUGAGUGCUGCAUUGCUUGAUCUGCAGGGUGACCUUAAUCUAAUAAGGGGUCGUGAUUCUGUUCUCUAGCCUUUAGGAUAGCAAACAGGCCUUGCAAUGUCCUACACCAUUUUCACAGUUGAUACAGGUACUUCCUUCAAUGUUACAUACACUUUUAUCAGAUUUCACAGGCUGAAGUCUCACCUAAGGCCUUGUCAUCUUCAGCAGAGGAUGACUGAAAUCUGUGAGACACUCUUCCGACUAACUGCUAGCACUUCUGUCAAUGCCCCUUCUCACACACAUAGUUGUUGGUCACCUCUACCGCACAGGAGAUAAUGUGAUAAUAAAAUAACAUUGGGCAAUGCUUGGAUUGGUGUCACCAAUCAUGAGACUGUUGUUUCUUGUAGAUAGAUACACAUUGAUCUCCACUUAACCAGACUGAAAUAAGAUACUGUGUUGUGUAGUUAGUUUUAGUAUUCUCAGUGUUCUGCCUGCGCUCCAUUCUGUCAUUCAACCCAUUCCAACAGUUUUGACCUCUGUAUGUAAAUAGUAGUACUGUGUGUGUGCUGAUAUCCUCGCAGGUGCCAGAAAAUCUUAACAUUUGUUUCUCUGUUGCAAAACUAUAUUGUAAUAAUGUAUCCACAGUUUUUUCACUAUUUGUGUUUCAUCAAGACACUUCAUAUCAGAAUACUGCCACUAUUUUAUUUCAAACCAAGAUAUCUCUGGGUCCUGGAGAGAAAGUGAACCUAUUGAAUGUGAAGACCCAUAUGUGUAUCUAUAUUCAGGCCAAUUUGUUUCCGGUAAAUAAAUGUUAAUAUUGCCAUAAAAUA